UUGUUAUUAUUGUAAUAAUAAUUAUUAUUAUCAUUGUUGUUAUUGUUAUCGUUAUUCACAUGCCACGAUUUUCUAUAGCGACUCGAUGCAACAACUAACACUGUUCCUACAACCGCAAAUGUCGACUUUUACACGAGUCCGAAUGUGGAAAAAUUCUGCACCGAUGCACAACUAUCGCGAAAAGGGGGAGGCUUCGAUUUGAGGAAUGACUUUUGAAAAGUGAAUUACUCACAGACAGACACACACACAUUCAUACACGCAAACAAACACUCGUCCGACUCGAAACUUUUUCUACGUUACGAUUUUACUUCAAGUAUUGAUCGACAAUAAUUUAGUCAUAGAUCAGAAUCGUCUCUCGUUGGAAGAAACAAUAAUAAUUGAUGGGAUUGGAGGAUUGCGAAGGAAGAAAAGUGUCGUUUACUCGGACGCUUUGAUCCGCAACGUCCGUUAUAACCGGGGAAUACCUACCUCAUACCUCGUUACGGGGAUCGGGAAGAAUAUUCGGCCGUUGUGUGGUAUUCGAGCAUGGAGAGUGAAAGACCCGUGAGACACCGUGACCCGAGGACCUAAACUUCACACCGUUAUACGAAUCGAUUCCAGGAGUGUAGAGGGAACCUUUACCCGCCGCACACACGUUGCCAGGAUUGUAUCAGACAGUGCAGAAUUAUGUGACACCUUAGUGUUAUUGUUAUUUUUUCAUCGUAUCCUAACCAGCCGACUCCGUAAAUGACGAAUAGAGGCUGACGCGUAAUGGAUUAUACGAGGACUUUCUCACGGUGGGCCUAAAGAAAUAGGAUCUGUGUAUACGUUAUACAUGUAUCCGACCGAAGAACGUUGAGCCGUUUUCUUUUGACCGAUAUUGAUCCUGAUUUUAUUUUUCUUGUUUAAAAAUAUUUUGCAUCCUUCGCAUACGCAAACCGAAUUCACGACAGAUAUAUUCUUAACUCGUAUAAUCCGGAGAUCUGACUUAUCGCCGAAUAUCUAAUCAACGAGAUUAGUAUCCGUGACUCGGUCAAUCCCGAGCGUCGAAACGGCAACGAUCGGUAUUCUUCUCGCACGAUGUUUAAGGACGAAAGUCGCAGAGGUAACGAGGAGCGACUGAACGGAAUGAUCGUUAACGGAGUGUCGAGGCAACGGACGGUGUAACGAGGAAUAGUUAACGGAAAAGUGAAACCUCGAGUUCUGCUUUCUGUCGGAACUGUAACGGGCACGGCGUCGGUGAUGAGGAAACCUCGUGAUUCGUUUACCGUAGUCGAAGAGAUUGACGUAACGCUCGACGUCGUUCGUCGGUGUGAAUUCGUAACCAGCGGAAUGUUGUACAACGUUGAUGUAACGUUGACGGAUUGAUCGAUUUAUCCGUAUCUAUCAGUUCGGCGAUAAACCGAAUAAGUUCGUCAAGUUGAUAGGCGAGGUAUACGUAUAGCGCCUUGCUCUUUUGUCGAUCGAAGAUAAAUCUCCCCGAUUGUUGUGCCUGAGAACUGCCCGUGGAACAGCAAUCGCGUUGUCAAUUCUGUGCCGGUGUUGAAAAGAGGCUUCCACGUUUUCGCCCUGCGUGGUGGACAGGUUAUAAUUAACGUGGUGGAGUUAUCUUGUGCCGGACUGUUGCGAAAAAGGAGGUCAUCUUUCUCUUGUGUCGGGUGAAUAACGCGGCACCGCUGACUUUUGGACAACCUUUAAGAAACUGGGAAACAGCUCCGGUGACAUAUUAUAAACGUCCUGGCAAAUGUUAUACUCGGCGAAAAUUAGAGGCGAUGGUAUACCGCUUCUCUCGUGCGAAUCGAUGACGGACAGUUGAUGCAUCGAGAAUGUUAACGGUCGGCUCUCUGUGACGAUGAACAUGGAUUGGCCACCUCGGCUGUUCAGGUAGCCAAGAGAAAUCGGCGCUGGAACGAGGAUAGUCAUUCGAUCGAGAAAUCCUCAUUUCCAACUAUAUUCUAAACUGAUUGUGAGCGAAAUUAAAGUACAUAUCUUCCCCAAGCCCGUAGAAACAUUCUUAUACUCGUCGCUUGGAGACAAAUCAUUUUUGGCAAUCGUUCAUCCCGUGGACCAAUCAGAAGCUGCAUAUCACAAACGGACCGAAGAUCGUAUUUGUUUUGAAAAACAUCUCACCCAACCAUUCGCCAACGGACAUCUCUUCGAGCCAGUGACUUCGCGACCAGAUGAAUGAACGUUGUUUUGGCAAGAAAGUGUCGUCGAAUGAUAUUUCGUGCAAGAACGUGAAUCGGUCAACAAUUUGAGAAAUGUAAUUCUCCAAAAGGAGGAAAAGUCGAGGACGGAACUUUUAACCUCCAGGAGACCGUAUCGGUCAGGAUGGGUUGCGGACAGAGUAAAAUCGGCAACAUCUAUCCGAAAAAUAAAAAGAACAAAACCAGCUCGAAGAAAAAUGGUUCGGCGUCAAUUGAGCAGAAAAACGGAAAUGGAAAUACCAAAGGCAGCAGCAAGACCAACAACAACGGGAUCGAGGUUAACAGAAACGAAGAACAGAAUGGACCCAUUGAUAUCAAAACUCAAGCCAAGAAGAAACCCGCUACUCCGGGAACCGGCCCUCUGCUGCACCAAGCAGAAGUAUCAUCCAGCCAGGUAGACUUCUUCAAGAUGCUGGACGAGAAAAUAGAGAACGGUCCAGACUACGACGAGAGUUCGGAUGCUGCUGCGAGGGUGGAGCGGGUCUCGAGUCUGCUGCGUCGUUGGGAACUGGCUAGCGUAACCUGGUCCUCGGUCUCGGAGCUGAACGCCUCGCCGUCGACGAUGCAUCAGAGGGGGGGUCGUCGUUCGUCCUUGAGCAAUUCCCGGCAAAGUCUGAGCGCUAAGGACCGCGAAGGAAUGCGAAAUAUAAUCGGUGGCCGUCCAGAGAGCGCUCCGAUAUUCGUAAGGAACGCAAAUCGCGUCGACGGUCUCCAAGAUACUCAUUGCCCGUCGCCGAAUAUGCCGAGGCACGUGCUCGAGUCGAUAUCCCAGAGUCCUACUCAGAGUCAGAAGAACACGCCGCCGGGCACAUCGCCUACGUGUUUUCGUUACGGUGAUUACAACGCCGGAAAUCAGUCGCCGCCGGUUCAUCAUCAUCAGCAUCAACAUCAACAUCAUCAUCUGACGGAGAAGAUCGGCGCCAAGCUUCAGUACAAAGGAUCAGCGGCGAGCGGCAACGGCGCCGAAUUUAUAACAACGCCGCAUCAGCUUUAUCGCGAGCAGUACCUCCAACAGACUGGAAUCAUUACGAUGCCUAACAACAACCAGUUCUCAGCUGGUUCGGGAAACAGCGUUAUCAGGAGUAAUCCUUACGUACAGCAGUAUCAGAUCAAUCAAACGGAACAUUUCGGCUCGCCGCGAAAGCGGGGAUUCAAUGCUGCCCAAAUGACGUGACUAGAAGUCGGCUGCAAGGGUAUCGAAUGACGGACGAUCGUACGUCCGACUAUUCGGAAUCAGAACGAAUUUGUUUGGCGGCGAAUAAAGACUGAUUAUAAUGAUGAAUAAAUGGAGGUAUACAUAAGGAAAAUCAUUGCACGACAAUUGUUUUAUAAGACGUUUAAGACAAUUAUUAUGAUGACACGGCGUCUCGAUCCCGGUUCGCCGAUGACAGCUUGCGAUCGAUAAAUCAGGCGACAAUCUAAUGCAGAAGGAGAGAGAGAGGAGAGGAGAGGAGAGGAGAGGAGAUGAAAAAUCAAACCCUCUUCGUUCGUGGCAUCAAUUUUGCACCCCAUGUAUGUUGAGUGCAAGACGUUUUACCUACGCGCAUUUACAUGUUGCUGAUUAUUUUACAACCUCGAAUCUAAUAUUUUGCAAACGUGAUGAAAGAGAGAUUUUUACGAUGGAAUAAAAUAUAUCUUAACAGUAACGAUACAACAGCGACAAGGCCGAAUGAUAUAAUAUAUUCGGAUUGAGACAGUAAAUGCUGGAUGAUUCUUAAAAACGUCGGACGUAACAUCUCUGUCUGCAGAUAUUCGUGAGAUACUCUUGAGAAAUGGGAUUGCGAACCGGCGUAUAAUAAUGCGAGGGAUAACAUAAAAUUCAAAUCUGGGUAUCCCCUGUGUAUGAGAAAAUAUUCACCAUACGAAUGCCAAUGACGAAGCGUCUGACAGGGUUACCAAAUAUGGUAAUGAGGAAUUCGUCAUAAAGAUGCAUCAUUUCUUUAAAAUGCAAUCGCGAAUACGGAACGUAUCCAUCUUGGUAUUUUCUUUUGUUCAGUAAUGUAAAACGCUUUCCACUGGCAGAUAAGAAAUGCAAAGUGGUAGGCGGGACGGUGAAAUAUAAUAAAAGAUAGGCUGAAUUCGAAAAUGAAGAAGAACAAAAUAUACGGCAUGUGGCCUAACGUGUCCAAGCUUAAUUGACUCUAAUAUCUCAUGUAAUACGUCACAUGUCAGAAAGCUAGCUGUAUGCCGUACCGUUUAAAAUCGCAUAAGAGUAUUUUGAUAAGUGCCAAAAUAAAUAAACUUCACCAGUAAGCAAUCUGAAUGUUAACCUAAAAUGUUUAAUGAGAACAACAGAGUAGAAAAGAAAUAGGAAAGGGUUUUAAAAAAAGUAAAGGGUAAAAAAAAUCACAUCACUUUCCCUGACUCUGUAUAAAUAUGUAUAAUGUGAAUUACUGUAAAAAGACGGUUUUCAAAUUCACUAGAUGUAUGAUGUAUAGCAAACUUCAUUUGAACUGAAAAAAAUACAAUUAAAACAUACAACAUAUACCUAUCAGGGCCACCACAGUGACACACCUUAAUGUCAAAAUCAAAUCUAAUAUAUCUAGUAGACGGUAAUAAACUUUUGUAUAAAUGUUUGUGAAACAAAACAAAUCAGGUAUAGCCGGAAACUAAGUUAUAUCGUCAUUGUAUAGAGAAAAAAAGAAAACUGAAAGAUCUACAGUAUAAAGUUAUAAUAUAUAAUAUUAUAUACUUUAUUAUUAUAACACAAUGUGCAGUAUAAUGCAUAGAUUAUAUUAUUAAAUACUGCAUGUUAUAAAUAUUGACUUUAUAUAAAUAUAUAGUAUACACACUCAUAGUCGAUUGUAUAUUCGUAUGUUGACUAUCAAUUUUAUUAAUCUAUCAAUAUAUAUAUAUAUAUAUAUAUUGAUGCAUAUAUUGAUAUAUAUUCAUAUAUAUGUAUCAGUAUAUAUAUAUAUAUAUACACACAUAUAUAGUAUAUGUAUGGUUGAUGAUAUAAAACAAUUUUAUAUUUCACGUUGAAAUGUGCGGAACUUAAGACAUUCGCACGUGACACUUCACGCUAUCCAACACAGUGUCUAUUUAUUCUGUUCCGUUGAAUCAUUUUUUUUUAAAUGACUAUAUAUUACCUUUCUUAUUACGAAUAAAAAAAUCGACCUUACGUUGUGUAAAUUCAUCUCAUCUCUCAUUGCUACGAAAAUAUAAUACUACAAUGAAUCAAUUUCUUCUCAAAAAAAUUCGCAUCUCUAACAAUUUAUUUUUGUUUGACUCCUUGUGUGAUAAGUCAUUUAUUCGGUUGGACCUAACAUCUUUAAAUUGUUAAUAGGGAUUUUUCAAUUGGCAAAAAUAUUUUGCAAUAAUACCCAAGGUGAAAUUAAUUUUUCAAAAAUAUUUCGUCAGUGUGUGGAUUAGGUACACGCGAUGCGCUCGAUGGGAAUGGAUAUAUAAAUCAUAUAAUAGAAAUAAUUCAAACAUCGAUCAAUUCCACCGUUUGGAGAUACUCUGAUUCGCCCGAUUCGCAAUUCUGUAUGUAGUACCUGUGGCGUGAGAAGAUUGUGAGCACGUGAGGCGGUGAGCAGUCUCGACUAUAAGCCGAUUUGAGAUAGGUAGUGCUAACGAGAUCCGGGUGGAGGGGAACCCCUACAAUACUGACCUAAUCGCAUUUGGUACCGGCUUGAUGUACAUACAUGUACAAUGUGCACAUCGGCGGAAAUCGCUAUGUAUAAGAAUGUUGUAUUACGACCAGAAACGGGUCAUGGCUCAAUCAAGCCGCGUUUUACUCCAUUUUUAUAUGUCAAAUUGUAUGUAUGUACUUCUAAACCGGUCAGCAUCUGUCAUGCAGCGAUUCGCUGGUACAAUUGUGUAAGUCAAUCUAGGCUGUUAUUUUUCGAACGAAUAAACACAGAGCAGUUUCAAAGGCUUCCGAAACAAAAAUA